AUGCCUGUGAUUCCUGAAGCAUCCGACUUCCCGUCAGCCUCUAAGAAGGGCUCCACUGAGAGCCAGAACAAGCCCAGCGAGCAGCGUGAGAAAGCUACUGCUGCAGACUACCUUUCAAAGGGACCCCAGAUUCCCGAUGAAAUGCCACCCAAGGCUUCGAGAGAAGAGACUGAGGCCCGCAUGAAAGAGCUGAAUAAGUGA